UCGGCAGCACCCCCAGCAAAUGCUCCAGCCACAGGCUUCCUGCAGGAUCCGGAGCUGCCCACCCGGCAGGUGUACAGAUCAACAGGGGUGCCUGACCCCAACACCUUCGGUGCCCAGCCCCAGCCGCAGUCCGGUGGAGAAGAGACAGGUAUCCCUCAACUGGCAGCCACUGACUUUGCAGGAGGCCCGAGCUCUGCUGAGGCAAAGGCGGCCCCGAGGGCCUUGGGCCCGGGCAUUGCUGAAAAGAAGGCCCCCACAUCGCGCCCCUGCCGGCCAGGCCCGGGUUCUAUGUCCCUUGAUCUGUCACAACGGUGGUGUGUGUGUGAAGCCUGACCGCUGCCUUUGCCCCCCGGACUUCGCUGGCAAAUUCUGCCAAUUGCAUUCUUCGGGGGCCCGGCCCCCGGCCCCAGCCGUGCCGGGCCUUACCCGUUCGGUUUACACAAUGCCACUAGCCAAUCACCGCGAUGAUGAACACGGCGUAGCAUCGAUGGUGAGUGUGCACGUGGAGCACCCUCAGGAGGCAUCGGUGGUGGUGCACCAGGUGGAACGUGUGUCUGGCCCCUGGGAGGAGGCGAACUCUGAAGCCCUAGCCAGGGCUGAAGCGGCAGCACGGGCCGAGGCGGCGGCGCCCUACACAGUGCUGGCACAGAGCGCGCCACGCGAGGACGGCUACUCAGACGCCUCCGGCUUUGGUUACUGUUUCAGGGAACUGCGCGGAAGCGAAUGUGCAUCGCCGCUGCCGGGACUCCGGACGCAGGAAGUAUGCUGCCGAGGGGAGGGCUUGGCCUGGGGUGUUCAUGAUUGUCACCCGUGCGCGGAACACUUGGGGAACUCCAACCGAGUGAAUGGCCCAAAUGGGCCUUGUCCAACCGGAUUCGAAAGAGUUAAUGGGUCCUGUGUAGAUGUGGAUGAGUGCGCCACAGGUGGGCGUUGCCAACACGGAGAGUGUGCCAACACUCGUGGCGGGUACACGUGUGUAUGUCCGGAUGGUUUCCUCCUAGACUCUUCCCGCAGCAGCUGCAUCUCCCAACACGUGAUCUCGGAGGCAAAGGGGCCCUGCUACCGAGUGCUCCAAGAUGGCGGAUGCUCGCUGCCCAUUCUUCGAAAUAUCACCAAACAGAUCUGCUGCUGUAGCCGCGUGGGCAAGGCGUGGGGCCGAGGCUGCCAGCUCUGUCCACCUUAUGGUUCAGAGGGUUUUCGGGAGAUCUGUCCAGCUGGCCCUGGUUACCACUAUUCAGCUUCUGACCUCCGCUACAACACCAGACCCCUAAACCCGGAUCCACCUCGAGUGACUUUCAAUCAGCCACGUGCUCCACCUGUCACCCUUAGGCCACCCACAGGCUUUCUGCCCACUCGUCGACCUGAGCCCCGUCCUGACCCUGGGCCACAGUCUGAACCCCGGCCUCGGCCUGAACCCCGGCCUCGGCCUGAACCCCAGCCUCGGCCUGAAUUUCCCCUGCCCAGCAUCCCUGCUUGGACCGGUCCAGAGAUUCCUGAAUCAGGUACCUCUUCCAGCAUGUGCCAGCGAAAUCCCCAGGUUUGUGGUCCUGGACGCUGCGUUUCUCGGCCAGGCGGCUACACCUGUGCCUGCGACCCAGGUUUCCGGCUCGGCCCCCAGGGCACUCGCUGUAUUGACGUAGAUGAAUGUCGCCGCGUCCCUACACCCUGUGCUCCUGGACGCUGCGAGAAUACACCAGGCAGCUUUCGCUGCGUGUGCGGCACCGGCUUCAGAGCAGGCCCACGGGCUACAGAGUGUUUGGAUGUGGACGAGUGCCGCCGAGUGCCGCCGCCGUGUGACCGCGGGCGCUGCGAGAACACACCAGGAAGUUUCCUAUGUGUGUGUCCCGCCGGGUACCAGGCAGCACCGCACGGAGCCAGCUGCCAGGAUGUCGAUGAAUGCACCCAGAGCCCAGGCCUCUGUGGCCGCGGGGCCUGCGAAAACCUGCCCGGCUCUUUCCGCUGUGUUUGCCCGGCUGGCUUCCGCGGCUCGGCGUGUGAAGAAGAUGUGGACGAAUGUGCCCAGCAGCCUCCGCCCUGCGGGCCAGGCCGCUGCGACAACACCUUGGGUUCAUUCCACUGUGCCUGUCCAGCUGGCUUCCGCUCCCGAGGGCCAGGGGCCCCCUGCCAAGAUGUGGACGAAUGUGCCCGGAGCCCCUCACCUUGUGCCUAUGGCCGCUGUGAAAACACGGAAGGGAGCUUCAAGUGUGUCUGCCCUACAGGCUUCCAACCCAACGCUGCGGGCUCCGAGUGCGAGGAUGUGGAUGAGUGUGAGAACCACUUGGCCUGUCCUGGGCAGGAGUGUGUGAACUCACCAGGCUCCUUCCAGUGCCGGGCCUGCCCUGUUGGCUACCACCUUCACCGUGGCAGAUGCACUGAUAUAAAUGAGUGUCUGGAAGGCGACUUCUGCUUCCCCCAUGGAGAGUGCCUCAACACCGACGGCUCCUUUACCUGUACCUGUGCCCCUGGCUAUCGGCCUGGACCUCGUGGAGCAUCUUGUCUGGACGUGGACGAGUGCAGUGAGGAGGAUCUUUGCCAGAGCGGCAUCUGUACCAACACUGACGGCUCCUUCGAAUGCAUCUGUCCUCCUGGACACCGUGCUGGCCCUGACCUUGCCUCCUGCCUUGACAUUGACGAGUGUCGUGAACGGGGACCUGCCCUGUGCGGGUCUCAGCGCUGUGAAAAUUCUCCUGGCUCCUACCGCUGUGUGCGGGACUGCGAUCCAGGUUACCACCCUGGCCCCGAGGGCACCUGUGAUGACGUGGACGAGUGCCGAGAAUAUGGCUCUGCGAUUUGCGGCGCCCAGCGCUGUGAGAACACCCCUGGCUCCUACCGAUGCACGCCAGCCUGCGACCCUGGCUAUCAACCUACUCCAGGGGGCGGGUGCCAGGAUGUGGAUGAGUGCCGGAACCGGUCUUUCUGCGGUGCCCAUGCUAUGUGCCAGAAUCUGCCUGGCUCCUUCCAGUGUGUCUGUGACCAAGGCUAUGAGGGGGCACGGGACGGGCGUCACUGCGUGGAUGUGAAUGAGUGUGAGACACUGCAGGGUGUCUGUGGCUCCGCACUGUGUGAAAAUGUUGAGGGCUCCUUCCUGUGUGUCUGCCCCACCAGCCCUGAGGAGUUCGAUCCCAUGACUGGACGCUGUGUUCCCCCUCGGACUCCUGCAGGCACGUUCCCAGGCUCGCAGCCCCAAGCACCUGGCAGCCCCAGUCUUCCAGCCAGGCCUCCCGCCCCUCCCCCACCUCGAAGACCCAGUCCUCCCAGGCAGGGUCCCGUGAGCAGUGGGCGUCGUGAGUGCUACUUUGACACGGCAGCUCCAGAUGCGUGUGACAAUAUCUUGGCUCGAAACGUGACGUGGCAGGAGUGCUGCUGUACUGUGGGAGAAGGCUGGGGCAGCGGAUGCCGCAUCCAGCAGUGCCCGGGCACGGAGACAGCUGAAUACCAGUCAUUGUGUCCUCACGGCCGGGGCUACCUAGUGCCCAGUGGAGACCUGAGUGCCCGGAGAGAUGUGGAUGAAUGCCAGCUCUUCCAGGACCAGGUGUGCAAGAGCGGAGUGUGUGUGAACACUGCCCCAGGCUACUCUUGCUAUUGCAACAACGGCUUCUACUAUCAUGCGCACAGGCUGGAAUGCGUUGAUAAUGACGAAUGUGCCGACGAGGAGCCCGCUUGUGAAGGUGGCCGCUGCGUGAACACCGUGGGCUCUUACCACUGUACCUGCGAGCCCCCACUGGUGCUGGACGGCUCCCGGCGACGCUGCGUCUCCAACGAGAGCCAGAGCCUUGAUGACAAUCUGGGAGUGUGCUGGCAGGAAGUCGGGCCUGAUCUCGUCUGCAGUCGCCCACGACUAGACCGGCAGGCCACCUACACAGAGUGCUGCUGUCUCUAUGGUGAAGCCUGGGGUAUGGACUGUGCUCUCUGUCCUGCCCAGGACUCAGAUGAUUUUGAGGCUCUUUGCAAUGUGCUGCGCCCACCUGCCUAUGGCCCGCCACGCCCGGGUGGCUUUGGACUUCCUUAUGAAUAUGGCCCAGAUAUAGGCCCACCUUAUCAGAGUCUCCCCUAUGGGCCAGAUCUGUAUCCACCACCUGUGCUACCCUAUGACCCCUACCCACCCCCACCUGGACCUUUUGCUCGCCGGGAGGCCCCUUAUGGUGCCCCGCCCUUCGAAAUGCCGGACUUUGAGGAUGAUGGUGACCCCUAUGGCGAGUCUGAGGCUCCUGACCCACCAAGCCGAGGCACUGGUUGGCCGUAUCGGUCCAGAGACACCCGUGGCUCCUUCCCAGAGCCUGAGGAAUCCUCUGAGCGUGGAAGCUAUACAGGAGCCUUGUCUGAGCCCUAUGAGGGCCUAGAGGCCGAGGAGUGUGGUAUCCUGGAUGGCUGCGCCCACGGCCGCUGUGUACGUGUUCCAGAAGGCUUCACCUGUGAUUGUUUCGACGGCUACCGCCUGGACAUCACCCGCAUGUCCUGCGUCGACAUCAACGAGUGUGACGAGGCUGAGGCAACCUCCCCACUCUGCGUCAAUGCGCGCUGUGUCAACACUGAUGGUUCCUUCCGCUGUGUUUGCCGUCCGGGAUUUGCACCCACGCACCAGCCACAUCACUGUGCGCCUGCUCGACCCCGGGCCUGAGCAGCUGCGUGCGCCUAGCCUCCCAUUAUAACUGAGCACUAGGAGCUUCCAGAGUGCACCUAGCCUCCCUCUAGUCUGCAUGUGUGUGAGGAUGUCAGACAGUCUCGAUGUAGGAUGGACAGACACAGAGGGGUGCCUUCUAUGGCACCAGUUCAUCAUGCCUAGCCCCUCCCACCAGUGCCCUGGGCCUGUCCUGGGUUCCCUGACACAUUUCUUGUCCUUUUAUACAAUUUUCAAUUAAACCACCUAUUUUGUAC